UUAACCUUUCACCCCUCACCCCUACACUCUGACCUCUCACCCCUCACCCAUAACCUCUGACCUUUCACCCCCUCACACAUCACCCAUAACCUCUGACCUCUCACCCAUCACCCCUCACCCAUAACCUCUGACCUCUCACCCGUAAUCAGAAUCACCUUUAUUCGCCAAACACAUUUGCCUGUACAGGAAUUUGACUCAGUGAAACGGUGCUGUCACAAUAAACAGGAUAUACAGUCAGACGAUUAACAGGAUAUACAGCCAGACGAUUAACAGGAUAUACAGCCAGACGAUAAACAGGAUAUACAGCCAGACGAUAAACAGGAUAUACAGCCAGACGAUAAACAGGAUAUACAGCCAGACGAUUAACAGGAUAUACAGCCAGACGAUUAACAGGAUAUACAGCCAGACGAUUAACAGGAUAUACAGCCAGACGAUUAACAGGAUAUACAGCCAGACGAUUAACAGGAUAUACAGCCAGACGAUUAACAGGAUAUACAGCCAGACGAUUAACAGGAUAUACAGCCAGACGAUAAACAGGAUAUACAGCCAGACGAUAAACAGGAUAUACAGACAGACGAUAAACAGGAUAUACAGACAGACGAUUAACAGGAUAUACAGACAGACGAUUAACAGGAUAUACAGCCAGAUGAUAAACAGGAUAUACAGACAGACGAUUAACAGGAUAUACAGCCAGACGAUUAACAGGAUAUACAGCCAGAUGAUAAACAGGAUAUACAGCCAGACGGUAAACAAGAUAUACAGCCAGACGAUUAACAGGAUAUACAGCCAGACGAUUAACAGGAUAUACAGCCAGACGAUAAACAGGAUAUACAGCCAGACGAUAAACAGGAUAUACAGCCAGACGAUAAACAGGAUAUACAGCCAGACGAUUAACAGGAUAUACAGCCAGACGAUUAACAGGAUAUACAGCCAGACGAUUAACAUGAUAUACAGCCAGACGAUUAACAGGAUAUACAGACAGACGAUAAACAGGAUAUACAGACAGACGAUAAACAGGAUAUACAGACAGACGGUAAACAAGAUAUACAGCCAGACGAUUAACAGGAUAUACAGCCGGACGAUUAACAGGAUAUACAGCCAGAUCAUAAACAGGAUAUACAGCCAGAUGAUAAACAGGACAUACAGACAGACGAUAUACAGCCAGAUGAUAAACAGGACAUACAGACAGACGAUAUACAGCCAGACGGUAAACAGGAUAUACAGCCAGUGUCACGGUUGUCGUCUGGAAUGGAGGACCAAAACGCAGCAGGAAUGUGGAUGCUCAUCUUGAUUUAUUUAUAAAAUAAAGUGAACACCAAAAUAAUAAAAAACGAAGAACUCACGAACAACAAACAGUCUUGUCAUGCUCGCACAGGCAAAACAAGAAACAAUCUCCCACAAACACUACACCAAACAAUUACCCAUAUAUAGGACUCCCAAUCAGAGGCAACGAGAAAGCACCUGCCUCCAAUUGAGAGUCCAACCCCCAUUAACCUAAACAUAGAAAUACAACUAACUAGACUAAACAUAGAAAUACAUUAACAUAGAACAGUGCCCAAAAAACCCCGGAAUACAUAAAUCAAAUACCCUUUUACAAAACCACCACCCCGAACCACAUAAAACAAAUACCCUCUGACACGUCCUGACCAAACUACCAUAACAAAUAACCUUUAUACUGGUCAGGACGUGACAGCCAGACGGUAAACAGGAUAUACAGCCAGACGUUAAACAGGAUAUACAGCCAGACGAUAAACAGGGUAUACAGACAGACAAUAAACAGGAUAUACAGACAACAUAUGUUGAGUUUACACAAAUCCACGUGUGGUUAUGCACACCAUGUACACUGUAAGCUAAGAACUACAGGCUACACUGUAAACACUAAGCAACAUUAUAAAUGAUGUAUGUGAAUAAUAGGAUGAUGUGUGGUGGGGGAAAUGUGUAAAUGAAUAGAGUCAGAUGAGGAUUUGCAGAGAGUGCAAAGAGCAACGUCAUGUUUCUAGUGCAGGGCGCCUAGUCCAUGAAUGAGAAGAUCAUCGUGGACCAGGUGGCCGGUUGUCGAGGGCGACGGUACAGGGGAAGAAGCUGUUCAGGUGGCCGGUUGUCGAGGGCGACGGUACAGGGGAAGAAGCUGUUCAGGUGGCCGGUUGUCGAGGGCGACGGUACAGGGGAAGAAGCUGUUCAGGUGGCCGGUUGUCGAGGGCGACGGUACAGGGGAAGAAGCUGUUCAGGUGGCCGGUUGUCGAGGGCGACGGUACAGGGGAAGAAGCUGUUCAGGUGGCCGGUUGUCGAGGGCGACGGUACAGGGGAAGAAGCUGUUCAGGUGGCCGGUUGUCGAGGGCGACGGUACAGGGGAAGAAGCUGUUCAGGUGGCCGGUUGUCGAGGGCGACGGUACAGGGGAAGAAGCUGUUCAGGUGGCCGGUUGUCGAGGGCGACGGUACAGGGGAAGAAGCUGUUCAGGUGGCCGGUUGUCGAGGGCGACGGUACAAGGGGAAGAAGCUGUUCAGGUGGCCGGUUGUCGAGGGCGACGGUACAGGGGAAGAAGCUGUUCAGGUGGCCGGUUGUCGAGGGCGACGGUACAGGGGAAGAAGCUGUUCAGGUGGCCGGUUGUCGAGGGCGACGGUACAGGGGAAGAAGCUGUUCAGGUGGCCGGUUGUCGAGGGCGACGGUACAGGGGAAGAAGCUGUUCAGGUGGCCGGUUGUCGAGGGCGACGGUACAGGGGAAGAAGCUGUUCAGGUGGCCGGUUGUCGAGGGCGACGGUACAGGGGAAGAAGCUGUUCAGGUGGCCGGUUGUCGAGGGUGACGGUACAGGGGAAGAAGCUGUUCAGGUGGCCGGAGGUUUUGGUCUUUCCUGCCCGCUUCCUUGCCCUGGAGUCAUUCAGUACCUGGAUGGAGGGCAGGUGGCAGCUGUUGACCCUCUCAGCAGACAGGACAAUCCAUUGCUGUUUGCCCUUGGAGUGGGCAGACACAUUCCUAAACCAGACAGUGAUCGAGGACGUGAGGAUGGAUUCGAUGUGGUUGUGUAGAACUGAAUCAGAGAGUUUGAAUUUUUUUCAGCUGACACAAGAAGUACAUCUGUUGGUGUCUGCGGAGAUGUUGUCCUCCCACUAGAGGCUGUGAUGUUGUCUUCCCACUAGAGGCUGUGGUGUUGUCCUCCCGCUAGAGGCUGUGGUGUUGUCCUCCCGCUAGAGGCUGUGAUGUUGUCCUCCCGCUAGAGGCUGUGGUGUUGUCCUCCCGCUAGAGUGUGAGAUUGUCCUCCCGCUAGAGGCUGUGGUGUUGUCUUCCCGCUAGAGACUGUGAUGUUGUCCUCCCGCUAGAGGCUGUGGUGUUGUCCUCCCGCUAGAGGCUGUGGUGUUGUCCUCCCGCUAGAGUGUGAGAUUGUCCUCCCACUAGAGGCUGUGGUGUUGUCCUCCCACUAGAGGCUGUGGUGUUGUCCUCCCACUAGAGGCUGUGGUGUUGUGCUCCCACUAGAGGCUGUGAGUUUGUCCUCCAACUAGAGGCUGUGGUGUUGUACUCCCGCUAGAGGCUGUGGUUUUGUCCUCCCGCUAGAAGCUGUGGUGUUGUCCUCCCGCUAGAGGCUGUGGUGUUGUCCUCCCGCUAGAGUGUGAGAUUGUCCUCCCGCUAGAGGCUGUGAUGUUGUCCUCCCGCGAGAGGCUGUGGUGUUGUCCUCCCGCUAGAGUGUGAGAUUGUCCUCCCGCUAGAGGCUGUGGUGUUGUCCUCCCGCUAGAGUGUGAGAUUGUCCUCCCGCUAGAGGCUGUGGUGUUGUCUUCCCGCUAGAGGCUGUGAUGUUGUCUUCCCGCUAGAGGCUGUGAUGUUGUCUUCCCGCUAGAGGCUGUGGUGUUGUCUUCCCGCUAGAGGCUGUGGUGUUGUCCUCCCGCUAGAGGCUGUGGUGUUGUCCUCCCGCUAGAGUGUGAGUUUGUCCUUCCACUAGAGGCUGUGGUGUUGUCCUCCCACUAGAGGCUGUGGUGUUGUGCUCCCACUAGAGGCUGUGAGUUUGUCCUCCAACUAGAGGCUGUGGUGUUGUACUCCCGCUAGAGGCUGUGGUUUUGUCCUCCCGCUAGAGGCUGUGGUGUUGUCCUCCCGCUAGAUGCUGUGAUGUUGUCCUCCCGCUAGAGGCUGUGGUGUUGUCCUCCCGCUAGAGUGUGAGAUUGUACUCCCGCUAGAGGCUGUGGUGUUGUCUUCCCGCUAGAGGCUGUGAUGUUGUCUUCCCGCUAGAGGCUGUGGUGUUGUCCUCCCGCUAGAGGCUGUGGUGUUGUCCUCCCGCUAGAGUGUGAGAUUGUCCUCCCGCUAGAGGCUGUGGUGUUGUCUUCCCGCUAGAGGCUGUGAUGUUGUCUUCCCGCUAGAGGCUGUGGUGUUGUCCUCCCGCUAGAGGCUGUGGUGUUGUCCUCCCGCUAGAGGCUGUGGUGUUGUCCUCCCGCUAGAGGCUGUGGUGUUGUCCUCCCGCUAGAGGCUGUGGUGUUGUCCUCCCGCUAGAGUGUGAGAUUGUCUUCCCACUAGAGGCUGUGGUGUUGUCCUCCCACUAGAGGCUUUGAUGUUGUCCUCCCGCUAGAGGCUGUGGUGUUGUCUUCCCGCUAGAGGCUGUGGUGUUGUCCUCCCGCUAGAGGCUGUGGUGUUGUCCUCCCGCUAGAGGCUGUGAUGUUGUCUUCCCACUAGAGACUGUGGUUUUGUUCUCCCACUAGAGGCUGUGGUGUUGUCCUCCCGCUAGAGGCUGUGGUGUUGUCCUCCCGCUAGAGGCUGUGGUGUUGUCUUCCCGCUAGAGGCUGUGAUGUUGUCUUCCCGCUAGAGGCUGUGGUGUUGUCUUCCCGCUAGAGGCUGUGAUGUUGUCUUCCCGCUAGAGGCUGUGGUUUUGUCCUCCCGCUAGAGUCUGUGGUUUUGUCCUCCCACCAGAGGCUGUGGUUUUGUCCUCCCGCUAGAGGCUGUGGUUUUGUCCUCCCGCUAGAGGCUGUGGUUUUGUCCUCCCGCUAGAGGCUGUGCUGCGGCGUUGUCCUCCCGCUGGAGGCUGUGGGAGAUGAUGGUGCCCAGGAAUUUGAACAUCUCAGCCGUUGAUUUCAAGGGGGUCGAUCACCAUCUCCACAGUUUGAGAGUGUUCAGCUCCAUCCAGUCAAACCUCUCUGUGGUACAUGAACUCAUUACCGUUCUGGAUAAGACCGACCAGGAUGGUGUCGUCUUGCAAACUUGAGUAGCUUAACAGACGCGUCGUUGGAUGUGCAGUCAUUGGUGUAGAGUGAGUAGGAGAGAGUGGCGAGCACGCAACCCUGCGUCACUCCUGUCACUGCAUGAAUAAUAAAAUCUAAUCAAAUGAAAAGCAGAGUUUGUAGGUGAAAUCGGAUCUGCUAUAUUCCUGUGAAAUUUGAGGUGCACGGUCGCGGGCGGGACUUUCCCAAUGCAAGUGUGCGGAAUCCUGUAGACUUCUGCGCAUCCCGACCACUUGUGUGAUACGGGAAUUUCUUGGGUAAUAAAUUCCCAGUUAUGCAUUCAUAUGGCAUAAUAGGCAUAAUAAUGGCAGCAGUUAGCUUAGCGGUUGGAGCAUUGGACCAGUAAAUGAAAGGCCGCUAGCUCGAAUCUCAGAUCCGGCAAAGUAGAAAAAUCUGUCCGUCGAUUAAGGCAAUCUUUCCACACCUCUCUGAUUCAGAGGGGUUGGGUUAAAUGUGGAAAACACAUUUCGGUUGAAUGCAUUUAGUUGUGCAAUUGGCUAGGUAUUCCCUUUCUCUAAUAUGUUACUGGAAAUUUCCGCACCGUGGACGUCAUGUGAAGUUUCAACUGCCAGAGGUGCGUUCAUCUCUACCUCAUGUCUUGGAAGAGAAGCCAAGUGAAGCCAACUCUGUGUCUCCUUAUUCAUCCUGUUUUCAGGUUUGUAACAUUUAUAAGCACGGUUUUGUUUUCAAAAUCUAGAGAUAAUAUGUUUAUCUAAACUGUGAUGAGUUUGCUGGUAAUUUUGAUGUAUAAUUUAAGUGUUUUGCCCGAGUGAAAAAACGUGUGCGAUUUUUCUCAUUCAUAUGAGUGUAGCUAAGCUAAGCUAACUAACAUUGUGUGUAAAUUAAUAAGCACAAGAUGGCAUCUCAGAUUAUUUUUAUUUCUGUCAUAAAUGUUUGUACAUAUGAACAACACUAUAUGACCAACACUAAUGAUAUUUAAUUUGUAUCUAACAGUUGCAUGCUAAUUGCUAUCUGCUAACAUUAGCUAGCUCAGCGCUAGGUAGCCUACCAUUUCUCCCUUCUAGUUAGCUGCUCUUAGCUUAUGUUGUUGUUGGCUAGCUGUUCAUGGGUUUUUGUUACAUUUAAUACACAGGCCGCUACUAUCAUUUGUUUGUACUGUUGUACAAGCUGUUGUUCAUGGGUGUAUAUUGAGUGGUUUUGCACACCAUCAUCUUUAGUGAUAAACUAGCUAACAGCUAACUAUCCCGGUUCAAACCCUGAUGCGUCAUACUUAGGCUCCCGAGUGGCGCAGUGGUCUAAGGCACUGCAUCACAGUGCUAUAGGCGUCAUUACAGACCCUGGAUCGAUUCCAGGCUGUAUCACAA